GCACGUUUUUGUUUUAGCGAUAGGUCUCCUAAAUUUAUUUUCUGUUAACGGUCUUUCUAUAUUCACAGACAACAGUGGUCAGAAUAUAACCCAACUUGACACAAAUGACAUCGAUUCGAAAAACGCGGACGUUGUAAGACAACUUCUGAAUCAAGAAACGAUCAUAAGAAUAGCACUGGUGAAAAAUGUACACUCACUGAUGAAGGACAUGGUUGACCUGAAACAAAGUAUGGAGACAUUGAAAACGUCACAGCAGAAAACUGAGUUACAGGUGACAGCGUUACAGCAAGAAGUGAAAGAACUCAAACGUGAAAAUCAGAGACUUACGCUUGAAAAUAGACAGUUUGGAGAAACAUUCAACGCAGUCAAGGAAAACUUUACACAUAUGAAUGAUCUUUUCCUAGAGUUUGCAGAACAAUUUGAAGAAAAGAGGGAGGUUUUUGAGAAAAACACCAGUGCGAUACUUGGAGACCUAAAAGUUGAAGUUCGAUAUCUAUCAAUUACUCAUCUUGACUUGAAUAAACAUACUUUGGAACUAGACAAAAGUAUCCCUGCAUUAAUAGAGCAAAAGUAUGAGACUCUGUCAACAAAAUUAAAUACCUCUCUGGACACUUUAAAUAAUGAUUUACUUGCUUCUAGUGCAAAUAUAUCAAAGUCAGUGUUUUACUUGGAAAACUCUCAGAAUACACGUGUGUCUUCAAUGUUUGAUGAAAUGAAUAAAACCAUUGGUGAUAUAAGGAGUGACGUCAAACAAUCUCAGUACGACCAGAUGAAGCUGACCUCCACCGUGUCGUCUCUUGAGGUGUUCCGAAUGAAUGUUACAAGAAAUAAAUGCGACUUGUCUCGGAGGGUAGCUUUUACUGCUGGAGUGACGUCUAGUAGCACUUCAUGGAACAGUGGUACCUUAGUUUACAAUAAAGUCAUUAACAACGUUGGAGGAGGAUACAACCCGAACACCGGAAUCUUCACCGCACCAGUGGUGGGAGAUUAUGUGUUCUACGUCACCAUUCAAAGUCACGGUUCAAAUGAAAUUGACAUAGAUAUUGUCUUGAACGGAUCUAGUAAGGUCCGAGCAGAAGCUUACACCUAUAGCGCAAACGAAAGAUAUGAUGUGGGUACAAACCUUGUAACAUUACAACUACAGAAGGGGGACACGGUUUGGGUAAGAUAUUACAGUGGUACUGGUUAUUACACACACAGUGACGUGCCUACCACCACGUUCUCAGGAUUCCUUCUUUGAAUCUUUCAAUGUCUCUGUAUAAUAUGGAAAAUAA